ACUUGAAAAACGGAGGGACUGUCAGGCGUGGGGUAAUGGGAAAAAUCCGAGUUAAAGGCUUAUAUCUCACACUGAUAUUUCCCAUUAUCUUAAACCGGAAAAUGGACCUGCAGUUCUUCAUAAAGAUGUCAAUUUUAACUGUAACACAAACUUCAAAAAUCACCUUGAACAAAAUUGUCGGAUAUACAAUAAAAAAAAUGAAUAAGCGAGUACCCUUUACCGCCUGAAGGUGAACCUUGGGAGUGUCUGUAUGACGUGUAGUUCAUAUGGGUAGGUUGUCUCCUGUAAAUGCAGGGCAGGGAGUGGAUGUCCUUCUCAUUCUUGUACAAGCAUGCUUAACCACUUUCAAAUGGCAUUUCAUGGGCAACAACAGCUGACCCUGAUAGCAUAAAAAUAGGAACAUACUCUUUCAUUAUGAAAUGCAGCUCUAUUUUUCUGUCCUGACAGGAACAUGAAGGUUGUCUUAUAGUUAGGUUGAUCUGGAGAUUGUAAUGACAGGUCAUAGCAAAAGCACUUGCUAUUAAUUGCAAUAUAAUUUAUUUUGUACUUAAUUAUUUCAAAGACAGGAUUCAGCUGCAAAAUUGUACAGAUACGGUUUCCCCUUCGGUGAGGAAGUUGGUUACUUUGCAUGGCGCACAUUAUUGUUGGUCCAAGGGCGCAGCGCAGUCAUUUUAAUGGGUGAUAUAUUAUAAGUGACCUAAUGCUGUGACGUUCGAGACGUUUCCACUCAUUAACAGCGAAAACUGCAAAGCCGUCGCAUGUUGCAUUGGUCUGGAGUUGAACUUCGUGUUAGUGACUCGAGCAAGAAAAAGAGAGAGAGAGAGGGAACAGAAAGGGACAGAUAAAAAGGAGAAAGAGGGAACUUGUAGUGAGAAGAUCGCCUUCGGAAGACACAACACUUCAAGCUGGGAUUAUACACGGAAAAGCAACGUUUUAUCUACUCAUUUUAAGAGCGCUUAUUUCUUAAUGAUGUAGCAAAAGCUUUGAUCAUGGGAAAAUGAAGGACUCUUCCCUGUAUCGGUGAUCAUGCUCUCCUCAGAGGUAAAAUGCAGUAAGAGGCCGCUAAGGGAAGCCUCAGUGUAACUAUUUCCUCAAUUGCAAAAUAAACCACCAUUAUCGCAUCGCAAAUCUUAAACUAAAGGAACUAGGAGCGAGCGGCGGAAACUCCCAAAGCCGUAUGACAGUGCCCACAUCUCCGUGAUGUCCGGCUCCAAUUUAACUCCACCUCCUCCCGUGUCUCUGGUCGAAGAGGAGGAAGAUGAGGAAGAGCCAGGAUCCAUGACAACUAACGGUGAUCGGAGAGACUCCUGUGCCUCUACGGGAGUCAGAGAAAGUAAUGACAGCCCUGCUGGACAGUGGUUCAGGGUUGGCGUCCGCGCAUCCCAGCCUCUCUCAGUCCGCAGGUUGAGAUUACAGCGGCAGAAGGAGGUAAGCGACCCCGGUUGGGAUGCCUCGGAGAAGGGAUCGCUCACUACAUCUAUGCGCAAAAAAUACCUAAAGGAGUUGUUCUUGAGUAAUAAUCUGAGUAGUGGUUUCGGAAGCAUCUUAGAGUCACCCAGAGACUCCGUCGCUCCCUCUUCCAAAGAGUGGGACAGCCUCCCAUCCGACACCACUGAAGAGGGCAACAGCGGCACCUCGUUCUGGGCUCUGGAUCCCACAGAGCACGCUUGGAUGAUCUCAGUGGUGGACGGCAAUUACGACACCAUCAUGAAUUACCUUUCGGAGGAUUUCAGCCUGCUGACCAAAAAAGACUUCAUCAGCGGCUUUACCGCUAUUCACUGGUUAGCUAAGUACGGCAAGUACGAGACCCUUGUGAAGCUCCUGAGAUAUGCUGAGAAAGAGGGCUCUCCGGUCAACGUGAACCUGAAAGCGGGUGGCGGCUUCACACCCCUCCACAUAGCUGCGAUGCACGGGCAGAACAUGGUCAUUAAGCUCCUGGUGGGAGCCUUCGGCGCUGAUGUGGAGGCCAUGGACUACAGCGGCAGACGAGCUUGGCAGUACCUGAAGGGAAGCUCUUCGGUGGAAAUAAGGGAGCUGCUGGGUGCGGCAGAGUCUUUCUUUGAGACAGUCGGGUACCAAAAUGCCAACAACAAUAGUUCAUGUGCCACAAAUCUCACCAGAAUGGAGCCCCCCGCCGACAAAGUGCAGACAGACUCCUUUUUCAGGACUCAUGACUGGUGGAGGUUUGGCUCUUUGAAGAAGCUGUUUGCCCCAAUACUGCAUAUUGGCAACAGUAUCCGCGGUUCAACUCAGAGUAAUGAAAAUGUCGAUUUUAAGUCAUGCUCUGACUAAUCAAUCAAUAUGUAUAUGUUUAAAAAAGGAUGUCAGCAAAUGUUUCUUGAAAAAAAGGGACAAUUAUGUUGCUUGAUUUUAAAUGACUUAAAUGAAGGGAGUAAUAAAUGUUGGGAAAAUAUUUAAUCAAAAGCAAAAAUUUAAUCUAAGCACAUCCUAUUUAUAACCUGACCUCCUGCCUUUUUCAUUUUACAUGCGUCUUGUGUUUAAACUUGCACAUUUCCCACCAUAGCAAAGGGGAGAAUGUUUCUCCACGUUUGAGCGAGGCGUUACUCAGGACAAAUUUUGGAAUACGUGAGAAGACAUUGCAUUUCGACUGGUACUGCUGUUGUCUGCAUAAAUUGGAAGUUCCAUUAAAUUAAGAAUUAUCCUCUUUGAAAUAUAUUCCUCAAUUAAUAAAGUAUUAAGACAAAACUAA